CUAACAGCAACAACUUUGUUUUCAUUUCUCGUUGAUAUGUUGUGAAAAUAAUUAUCGUGUUAUUGGGUCGACCAUCUCAAUUUUCUCUUCUUUUGUAAAUAAAUAUGCAUUGUAAAUAAACAAAUAAAAUGCCGUAUAGCUCAGCAUCUGUUGAAGAACCAGCGUCCUCAUCUGCGAAACGGAACAGCAGCCGUCAGCGCCGUAAGUCAACGAUUUGGACACGAGAAAAGAUAUAUAAACUGAUUGAGCUGUAUCGUGCGUCGGAUUGCCUGUGGAAUCAUUACUCGGAGUUGUACAAAAAUAAAGACUGUCGCACAAAGGCCAUAGAACACAUAUGUGCAUCCCUCGGAAUCACGAAGAAGGACUAUGGAAAGAAAGUCCACAAUCUGCGGAACCAGUUCAACUCGGAAUUAAAGAAAUAUGAACGCCGUUUAAAGGAUACGGAAGGAAUAACAACUCUCUCCCCAAAAGCUUGCCGCUGGGAGCAUUUUGAAACAUUAAUGUUCCUGCGACCUAUAAUUGAACCCCGACCAGGAUAUCAACCUCAAUGCAAGAAGUUGCUUAAGAACGACGAAUCCGAAAACGCAGAAUCAAGUGCAAGAAGUCAGCUUGGAGGCGACAUUAUACAGCUGGAGCUUCUUAGCGUCGAGGAUGUCAGUAAUAUAGGUGCAAAAGACCAAGGCAGUUGUGAAUUACAAGUGUCUCCGAAAACGGAAGCCCUAUUAAAAAUCUCAGCGGAUGCUUCAGUUAAGACUCGCAGAGAUUCCCCGAAUCUUAACCUUACAGAUAAACAAAACUAUUCGAAUCCGCCUGGCAUUAUCCGUGAUCAGUGGGAUGCGUUUGGCGAAUUAAUAGCUAAUGAGUUUCGUAAUUUAAAUUCUGCAAUUUCACGCAAAAAAUUAAAACGUAAGAUUAUGCAAAUUAUGCUUGAAGUUGGCGAAGAAGACGAUGAAAAAUACACGAGCACUAAUUGACACAA